GUCGGUGGGUUUUCUUCCUGGCGGCGGCGCGGUUCUGCUGGCAUGGUCGUCGGCGCCGGCGUACAGCGGCGGUGGCGGCGGGUGCGUCCAUAUAUGCGGAGGCCCCGGUGACGCGUCCCGUGGCGGCCUUGGCGCAACGGCGCGAGCGGGGGCUUUCGAGCGGUUUUGUCGUGGGCGACCGUUUGCGGUGGGCGCGGUGUGUCCUCCCCGCGUCGCCGCGGACACCGCGCGGCGGCGAGUACCUCGCGAAGACGCGCGCCCCCGACUUGGGCGCCCGGAAAGAAACACGGGCACGACGAAGACUACGACGACGACGACGCCGCGAUGGAGCUCCGCAUCGGGCUCGACUACGUGGUGGAGCACCCGGAGUAUACCCGCACGCUGGCCACCGCGGCCGCGUCGGGCAACAGCGACCUGCGGCGCCAGGUGUGGGAGCUGCUGGUGGCGCUGUGCGUUCGCGGCGGCGAAGGCACCCGACGGGCGCUGUCCACGCUCGACCAGCUGGCCACGCUGCGCGCCCAGCGCACCCGGCUGGCCGCCCUCGCGCUGGCCAUCUCGCGCGGCACCGACGACGAGGCGCCGCCGCUGCUGGCGCUCGCCAACAAGGCGCUCAGCGGACGCGACAGGGCCAGGCUGCGCGCCGAGCUCAGGGCCCGAGGCUCGCAGGUUCCCGCGGGCCUGACAUCUCCUCCUCCCGAAGAAACUGGAUGGCCGUCGGGUACGUCGGGUCGGCCGGAGACGUUGCAGCAGGCCUGGACGGCGCUCUCGACGAGGGCCUCCGGCAGCAGCAAACGCGAGGCGUACCUGCUGCGCGCCCUGCAGCGCCUGCUCGCCGAUGACGCCUGGGACACACCCGUGCGACAGACCAAGCACAGCCAGACCAGCCUCGAGGCCCUGGACCGGUGCGGAACGGGACCCGCACCCGCGGCUGUCGUGCCCGUGAAGAGCGUCGCCACGACAGCUGCUGUCACGCAGACCACUGCAGCGGCGAGCGUCACAGCUUCGGCGCCGGCCGGCGACAGCGGCGGUAACAACAGGAGGUGCUGCAGCUGCCGCUGCCACGAGCCGAAGCCCGCGGAGAUUAAGGCGCCAGCGGCGGGACCAGCGGUCACUUUCGCACCACCGUCCGGUCCGAGCCCAUCGGGACCUCCUCCGCCUCCGCCGCCACCGCUACCGGCUGCACCGCCGCCUCCAAUGGCGCCCGCACUGCCGUCGGCGCCUCAGCCGUCGGAGCCGGCGCCGUGCCUGGUGCAGUCGUGGCCGCAACCGGGAAGCAAGAUGCGCACACUCAACUGGAACAAGAUACCCGCGCACAAGGUGCUUGCCGGCGGCCGCAAGAGCCUGUGGCGGCGCAUCGCCGAAAGCCACACCGGAGGCGAGCCCCCGCUGGACUUCGCGCACCUCGAGGGCCUGUUCUGCCAGCACCAGCCGUCGCAGCCGGCUACCUCGGCACACGCCACGGGCUCUGUCGGAGGCGGCCUCAGCUCUGGCGGGGCAGGCGGCGGAGCGGGCAGCGGCAGCGAAGCGGGUGGUCGCGGCCCACGUGACCCUGCGUCCGGCCGUUCGGGAGACGAGGCCCCACUCAGGAUACUCGACGCACAGAGGAGCUUGCAGGUGGGCAUCUUUUUGAAGCAACUACGCGGCCAGGCGGACGAGGCGCAGCUCCUCGAGAUUCUCGGCCGCGGAGGAGGCGGCGGGGACAGCCUGGGCGCCGACAAGCUGCGCGCGCUGCAGGCAUUGCUGCCGGCGCCCGAGUCGGCGUCGGCGCUCGAGACGGCACUGCUCGAGCGGGAACCGGGACAGCUGGCGCCGCCAGAGGCAUUCCUCGCGAGAAUCUUGCGCCUCCCAGACUAUCGACUGCGCGUGGAGAGCCUGCUUCUUCAAGAAGAACUCCCCACAAUCGUCGCCUCACUUGAGACAUCCAUGACGUGCCUCAGGAAUGCUGCCAAAGAAAUACAAGACUGUAAAGCCCUGCAUGAAGUCCUCUACAUGAUUCUGGUGGCGGGAAACUUCCUCAAUUCGGGAGGAUACGCUGGUAACGCGGCUGGCUUCCAGGUGAUGUCUCUGCUAAAGGUGGCCGAGCUGCGCUCCAACCGGCCAGGCGUGGGGCUACUUCACUACGUGGCACAGGAGGCCGAGCGCGCGCAAGUCCUGGGCGGCGGCCAGCUGGGCUUCGACUCGGUGCUGCCCUCGCUGGAGGCGGCGAGUCGCGUGUCAGCCGACCAGGUGCGAGCCGAUGUUUCGGCGCUCGCCGAGCGCCUGGCGCGGCUGCAGGCGGACGCGUCGAGGGCGGCAGGCCGUCCCUCCCGCGACGAGGCCUUCCUGGCGCGCACGCGAGCGCUGCUCGAGCUCGCCCAACGGGAGCUCGAGCGUCUCCGGCGCGGCCUGCGCACUCUCGAGCAAGCGCGAAACGACCUCGCCGCCUUCUUCUGCGAGGAUCCGGCCAGCUUCCAGCUGGAAGAGUGCUGUGGCGUCAUCGCCACCUUCUGGAGGAGCUUCAGGGCCGCCGACCAGGAGAACCGCAGGCGUUCCAUCGCCGAGUCCGACGGCGGCCAGCCGCGAGGUUCCGGAGACAUGCCGCGACUACGCACCACGGACGAGCGUGGUUUCACGACCAGCGCCAGCUCCCCGGAUGCCAGCCCCUCGAACAGCCUGCGCCGCAGCUUUCGCCGCAGUCGGCCUUCGUCGUCUGAGAUGGCCAGCGACGACCAGCUGUUCGACUUCCUCCGUCACGGCUCGGACAGGGAAGAUUCACUCGGGCGACGGGCGUCGCGCCGCGAAGCGAGACGGCGCUGGGCGGCGGACCUCUCAGAGGACUCGACGUCUCGAUGAGCGAGUGCCUUCACGAGAGAACGAGCACGCGCCUUCGGCGACAACGCCUCGUGAGCCAGUUGCCAGCUCUUCCCCUACUGCCGACGCGCUCUCGUACGCACCGAAGCGCACGUUGGCCAAGCUCACUUCCACA